AUGGAUAGUAUGAUGUCAGAGAAUGUUAGUGCUUGUCAGUAUUUGAUGGGCGAGGAUCCUAAAAGCUGGUGCAGGGCCUUUUUUGACCAAAAGAGCGCUUGUGAACACUUGAGUAACAACUUUUAUGAAAGUUUCAAUAACAUGAUAACCAACAUUAGGGAGAAACCUGUCUGCAAGCUAGUUUUGAUGUAUGGACAGCUGGUGAUGGGGCUGUUUUACAAGAGAAGAAAUGCUUGUGUUGGAUGGGAUUCUGGGGAUUUGGUUCCUACUGCCAAAAAAUUAUUGAAGAAGAUGUUUAAGAAAACAGGGGAAGAUAAGGUAGAAGGAGCGGUUGCUGGCAAGCUUUAUGAAGUCACAAGCAUACAUAAUACGAUAUUCACUGUUGACCUUGAGAAACAUACUUGCAGCUGCAUGCAAUGGCAGCUGAGGGGUUUCCCCUGUCAACACGCAGUCUGUGCUCUGCAGCAAAUCAGGCCCAAUUGGGUUGAGUAUUGUGCCAGAUACUACUUAGUGGAUAACUACAGGACCACCUAUUCCCCUGAUAUAGUGCCAUUGGAAGGGCCUGAGGACUGGGAUGAGCCAAGAACAACUAUUGUUCCUCCAUUUCUCAUUAGGAAACCGGGCCGGCCUAGGAAGAACAGAAGGAAGGCCUAUAAUGAGACCCUAUCCGAGAAGAAAGUCAGGUGUUGCAGCAAAUGCAAGCUGCCUGGUCACAACAAGACAACUUGUCCUGGUGGUGCAAUUGGCUCUAAUACAAAGAGAAAUAGGUCUACAUCUGAAGAAGGCGGACUGGCAUUUCAAUCCCAAUCAUCAUCACAAGCUGGAAAUGCUGGUGGUUUUAUGCCUGCAACGAAGAAGCAAAGAAAAGCUACGACUCAGCAGUAG